AUGCAACUAUUAGAAGAAAAUUCAUUUGGUUUUGUUGUAGACACAAAACCCGACCUCAUUCCAGCAUGCAUUUUGGAAGAUUUCUUAUAUCUCGGUUCUCAAGAUUCUGUGAAUGUUGACAACAUUAACAAAUACAACAUAACACAUAUUUUGAGUAUUGGAAUACCAAGUCCUCCAAUUGAAGUUGACUUGGUAAAGACAUUUAUUGAAUGCUUGGAUUUGCCAGAAACGGAUUUAAAUCAGGAAAUUCUUCCUUUAGCAUGUGAAUUUAUGGAUGAAGCUCGCCAAGUUGGAGGAAGAGUUCUGGUGCAUUGCAAUGCAGGAGUCUCACGGUCUGCUAGUUUAGUUAUAGGAUAUUUGAUCAUAAAAUGUGACUAUGAUUUUCAAGAUGCUUACAAUUUAGUUAAGUCAAAGAGAGAGUGCAUUCAACCUAAUGCAGGAUUUUUAAAACAGUUGAAAGAUUUGAAGAGAUAA